UAUAAAACAUUCUCGCGGUGUACUCGCCCUUUGUGAUAAUGUCGGCAGAUUAUGACGAGAGGCCCAGGGAUAAUGGCCCAGAGGGCAUGGAGCCGGACGGAGUCAUUGAGUGUAACUGGCAUGAGAUUGUGGACAGCUUUGACGAUAUGAAACUGCGUGAGGCUCUUCUCAGGGGAAUCUACGCUUAUGGUUUUGAGAAGCCUUCUGCCAUCCAGCAGAGGGCAAUCCUCCCUUGUAUCAAGGGUUAUGACGUCAUUGCACAGGCCCAGUCUGGCACAGGGAAGACUGCCACCUUCGCGAUCUCCAUCCUGCAACAGGUGGAUGUGGAGCUGAAGGGUACGCAGGCUCUGGUGCUGGCACCCACCCGCGAACUUGCACAGCAGAUCCAGAAGGUGGUCAUGGCUCUCGGAGACUACAUGGGAGCUACGUGUCAUGCCUGUAUCGGAGGGACGAAUGUGCGGAACGAGGUGUCCAAGCUGCAGGCAGAGGCUCCCCACAUCGUGGUGGGGACACCCGGCCGGGUCUACGACAUGCUCAGCCGCAGGUUCCUCUCUUCCAAACACAUCAAGAUGUUUGUGCUUGAUGAGGCUGAUGAGAUGCUGAGUCGUGGCUUUAAGGACCAGAUCUACGAGAUUUUCCAAAAACUUCCAAGUAGUACUCAGGUUGUGCUGCUGUCUGCCACCAUGCCUGCUGAGGUACUGGAUGUUACCACCAAGUUUAUGCGUGAGCCUGUGCGCAUCCUGGUGAAGAAGGAGGAACUGACUCUGGAGGGCAUCCGCCAGUUCUACAUCAAUGUGGAGAGAGAGGAGUGGAAGCUCGACACCCUGUGUGAUCUGUACGAGACCCUGACCAUCACCCAGGCUGUCAUUUUUAUCAACACCCGCCGGAAGGUGGACUGGCUCACUGAGAAGAUGCAUGCCAGAGACUUCACUGUCUCUGCCCUGCAUGGUGACAUGGACCAAAAGGAGCGGGAUUUGAUCAUGAGGGAGUUCCGCUCUGGGUCAAGCAGAGUCCUCAUUACAACCGAUCUACUGGCCAGGGGUAUUGAUGUCCAGCAAGUGUCUCUGGUCAUCAACUACGACCUGCCAACCAACCGGGAGAACUACAUUCACAGGAUCGGGAGAGGGGGCCGUUUUGGCAGGAAGGGUGUGGCCAUCAACAUGGUGACAGAAGAUGACAAGCGUACACUGCGCGAUAUCGAGACCUUCUACAACACUACCGUCGAGGAGAUGCCCAUGAAUGUGGCCGACCUCAUCUAGAGAUGUGAUCACCCCACCAGCCCUCCAUGUCCUCCCCAGUGGCCCCUCUCUCUCUCUCUCUCUCUCUGUCUGUCUCUCUGUCUCUCUCUCUCUCUCUCUCUCUCUCUCUCUCUCUCUCUCUCUCUCUCUCUCUCUCUCUCUCUCUCCCACCUACUGACCUACAGGUCCCACUUUCAUACCCCUUGCUCCUGUCGACAUUCAUCUCCCUGCCACUUUGGGCUUGUGAGUACUAAGGAUGGGUCUGGAUCCCAAAUAUGAAUGUGCUCCAGUUUAUCAGCUGCCUCAUAUUCAUCCUUCCUUCCCUCCAUACUGUGUGAAUAAAAGGAAAAAAAUAACUUGGCCACCUUCACCUAGGACUAAGACCAGCAUUUAACUUCUGAUCAGUUACUAUCCCAUCCCCUUUUCUAAUGGGAGUUGUAGUUUUUGAACAAUGGAAUGGACUAUAUUUGGUGUAUUCCAUCUUCCUUUCCCACUGGAAGUGCAUUCAGAACACUGACUGAAACACUGUUCCAUUAUUGUAACUGUUACACUGUACAUCAGUCUAGAAAUUAGAGUUUUAAAAAUGUGUGGACAAAUUAUUGGUAAGAUUUCUUGCAAAGAUCAGGAUGUAUGUAAUCCACUGCAUGGAUUAUGGUUACUUUUACGCCAAUAGUGAGGCAAAACUAUUUGCUAAAUUUGACUGAAAUUAAAUGUGUAAUAAUGGCAUGCAGCCUGUGUGUAGUGCAGUAGCUAAACAGGAAGUCCUUGGUGUGGUCCAUGUUCAGGCCCACAGGCUGCUGGGAUGCCUCUGCCCACAUGGUUUCUGGGAGGGACAGGAGCUUGGGUGCAGAAAAGGACACAAACUGCAAAAUAUUGCACUUGGUUUUCACACAGCAACAAAAACAAUGUAUUUAUUUUUUUGAUACAUGUAUUCUUUAUUUCAUACUGGGGAGGGGAGUUGACUUAAUAAAGUUUCAGACUGAGUCAUGA